AAAUCGUGUUGAUUUCUGGAACUUUCCAUCAUUUCAUCUUUUCAAUGUUUUGCGCAAAACAAACAUUUGUAACUACCAAACAUUCUGCGCAAUAUUCCCAUCAAACUAAAUAACGCCAUACCCGGGCAUUAGUACAAAUGGACGACGAGUAAACAAAGCGUCACUAUGACACUUUGAAUUGUUUUCAUACAUUUCCUGAACGAAAUCGCUUCAGAAUUCACAAGUAAAUACCUCAGCGCAAAGACCAGAAAAUUCUUUCGACGAACCUAGCGACUAUUGUGAUAUACGUAAUAUUUGUGAUGCAAUUUUUCGUCAAUUAAAAGUUAAGAGUUAACCUCACUCGUGGUUGGUGUUGUGCCUAAAGAAAGUACGCGCGUACCCCCGGCCGCACAAUGAAGGAAAAAAGACCGGAGGAAAUAAACAAUUGGCUUCUGAAAGCCGCCCUCGAUUGCGUCAAGGACGAGACCUCGCUCGAUAUUGACUUGUCAGCAUGUGCUCCCAUACCGUCAGCCCCGAACGACAAUACCCUGUCAGACGUUUGGAAUACAAACCAGGAGGGCCUGGAGAAGGAGCCAGCGCUACAAAUACCUGAGGGCCAGGAGCUGAUUGGUUUGGCACAGGACGACGACAGCAACGCCUGCAGCCUGAUGGCCGGGGUGGUGAAAGCAAGGCCAGUCGCUGAAGUUACCUGCCAAGAAACAAGCUCCCCGCGUAGAAUCCCAAAACUGGAGGCUGUGUCCCAUACCCAAGGGAGUCCGGGGUCGAUGACUGCUAUUCGUGAUGCCAGCAGCUCGUACACCCUUCCGCAUACGAUGAUAAAGGCAGAACCAGGCGCAGGGCUGCCCUGCCAAGGACCCGUCUCUCUAGCGACCACCUGUUCAAAGGAGACUUUCAAGUGUAAGAACUGCGAGGAGGAGUUCGACUCCAAGGAGUCCUUGAAAGCGCACGGAAAGGUUCAUAGGAACAGUAAGAGGAAUGAGGUGUACACAUGCCCCGUUUGUGAUAAACAGUUGAAAGUCAGUAGCAUGUGGUUACACCGCAAAAUUCAUAACGAAAGUGAACGAUUUAGCUGUGAUAUUUGUGGCCAAAAAUUUGUCCAGAAAAUUAACUUAAUUCACCACACCAAGGCGCAUCUUGGCGAGAAACCAUUCGAAUGCUCUCAGUGUCAGAUGUCCUUCCCCGAGCGAUCACAUCUUAUCAAGCAUCAACGCUACCACACAUCCACCCGCCAAUACAAAUGCGAGAAGUGCGGAAAAAUGUAUAAAACCGAGCGUUGCCUCAAAGUGCACAAUCUCGUGCACUUGGAGAAGCGUCCCUUCGUGUGCAGCGAAUGCAAUAAAAGUUUCAUUAGCAGCUCAAAGCUCAAGCAACACUCAAACAUUCACACUGGCGAGCGGCCCUACAAGUGUAAAUAUUGCGCGCGUGACUUCACCAACUUUCCCAAUUGGCUGAAACAUACAAGACGACGUCACAAAGUUGACCACAAAACGGGCGAACUACUGCAAAACGUGCCCAGCUACGUGUCGAAGAAAUCGAAUAAGAAAGAGAAGAAGCUGAAAGUGAACGAAACUACGGAGGCUGUGGAGCUGCCAGCGAAAACGAAGACUGAAUCGACCUUUACGGAUAUUUACGCGAUGUCAUUGAAUAGUGCAGAGGAAUUGAUAAUGGAACAGGCGUUGGAAAUGGAAGAGUCUGGUUACCUUAUGUCGCCACCUUCAGAUGCCACUCUAGGAUCGCCACCUCUUCUUUCACAAUUCGAAUAUAUGUCACCCGCGCCACAAGAAUCAACACCAGAACUACCUCUAUCAUCAUUGACUUCGAAUUGCCAAUACUAUCUACCCUCACUCUCCCCACUUCAUACGAAUAUAUCAACAAUAUCAAGUCCAGACGAUGCAGGUCAGCAGAAUUACACAAGAACACUUCCGUCCGUUGAAACGUUGUUCGCUUCCAGUUUUCAGAAAGCAUCACUUCCGCAUCAUUGAAACUAAGGAAUUGUUAGCUGGACUGGCUCUACGAUUGGUCUCAUCACAGUGAAAAAUCCAGAUACCUACAAUCUGCAACUAUGUUGAUAAUUGAAAUCAACCAAAUCGAAAUUUAUUAUGAUUUUUUUUUUCGCUUUAAGAUAAAAUUUUAUUGAUUUCCGAUCAAUCAAAAAUAAGUAGAUUAAGUUUCUGAAAAGCAGAAAAAGGAGAUUUAGUUAUCGACAGUGUUAGUACGAAGGAGAAUAAUUAUUUGUGAUGUAAGUUAGAAAUUUAUUUUAAGAUUUUAUUACAUAUAUAUUUCUACACUCGAAUUUUAGAGAGUUUUUAUCCCCAACACAAAAAUAAGAUGGCAAUUUGACAAGAUAAAUCUAAAUGAAUAUUUUUACAUUAACCAACAGUUGAAGAUGAUGUUCUUCAAGAGAUAUCUUGGUUUUUAAGGUUUUGUGUAAAACAAAUCCUUAUUUACUGUUGUAUAGGAUUUUAAUGAGUUUGUGAUCGAAUUUUUCCAAAAUUAAAUUAAAUGUUUUAUGUCAUAUUUGUGAACAGGAAGAUUGAAGGCGUGAUUGCAAAUGUGAUACGAAUUUAUAUUGUGAAUAAACAUAGAUACAUGUAUGUAUAGAAGAAUCAAAGUGUUAUUUGAAACAAUUUGUGAUGGUUUUGCGUUAAUCUUAAUUUCCUAAAAUCAGUAAUUAAAGACUGGAAAUUUCGUAUUUUUGUAUGUUGUAAGCUACAAGAAAGAGAAACGAAAAUAAAAUAUUAAAAAGCGAAA